AUGGUUCAUGUUGCGGUCAACGAUGUGAUGAAGACUUUCUGGGUCACACCAGGAUCCCCUUGCUCAUCCGUCUGCCUUGACGAUCCAGAUCUUGAUGACUCGGACCCCGAGUCUUCCAACACGACACCGGAGGAUAUCGACAGCGGGUUUGAGCACGGCCAUGAGAGCGACCAGCAAUGGUUCUUCUACAAUCUGAGAUUCGCUGUCAACUACUGUGUCCUUGGUGACUUCAACGCUACAGACAUUGAGGCUGGUCCUUGCGCCACCAAGGAAUCAUGUGGUGCUCUCGACAAGACACUGAGCGACGGUCUUCUCGAGCCAGCAUACUCUGAAGCGUACGACUACUGCGAUGCCAGCAACAGUGUUGUUCUGUCGAGCUACAUGGAUGACUGUGUCACCUGCGUCCAUUCAUUUAACCCCUAUAUGGCAAAUUCCGGAUGCGAGCAGAAGCCUCUAUCAGGGACAAUUGUCGGACUCAACGAGACCAUCUUCACAACGAAUACCGUCCUCAUCACAGACCCAUCAACAACGUCAUCUGCCGACACGUCGACUGGCCCUCAGGAUGUGUAUACAUGCAAAUCCGAAGACGCCGCAACAUGA